AUGCUUUCCCACGUACUGCACAGUGGACCUCGUCGCAGUCGCACGGGUUCUGCCGUCGGUGUUUCUCUAGGCAGACGUCUCGCGUCUUCGACCCAUUCGUUGAGUGGGGAAUUCGACUACAUCAUCGUGGGCGCCGGGACUGCUGGAUGCGUACUUGCCAAUCGACUUAGCGCCGAGCCGAGCAACAAAGUGCUGCUAGUAGAAGCCGGACCGAGUGACCGCCAUCGAUGGGACUCGUUCCUCCUCGAGAUGCCCGCAGCCGUGUCAGUCAACUUGGCGGACGAGCGCUACAAUUGGAAGUUCGCUACCGAACCGCAGCCGUUUCUGAACAAUCGACGGAUCGGGUUCCCUCGCGGUCGAGUCCUUGGAGGCUCCUCGUCAAUCAAUGCCAUGGUAUACAGUCGAGGGCAUGCAAAGACCUACGACGCGUGGCAGGCCAACGGAGCUGCAGGCUGGAGCUAUGCCGACUGCCUGCCGUAUUUCAAGCGAUCGCAGCAACAUGAGCUGGGGGGAGACGCCUACCGCGGUGGCAACGGACCUCUGCACGUCGUGAGGAACACGCAGCCGGACCAGCCUUUGUUUCAAGCCUUCCUCGAUGCAGCCAUAGAGGCAGGGUACCCUUUCACGGACGACAUGUGCGGCUACCAACAGGAAGGGGUCGGAUGGCUCGAUUUGACCAUCAACAAGGGCAAGCGAUGGAGCGUGUCGGCAGCGUUUCUUCAUCCCGUCAUGCACCGCACGAACUUGACAGUCGUAACGGACACUAUGGUCAACAAAGUGGUCUUCGAUGGCAAGAAGGCCAUUGGCGUCGAAGUGGAGAACGCGAAGACCAAACUGGUGUCGAAGAUCGCGGCCGCGAACGAAGUGAUCCUCUCGGGCGGUGUCGUCCACUCGCCACAGCUGCUGAUGCUUUCGGGUGUCGGCGAUGCUGACCACCUGAAGGAAGUUGGCGUGCCGCUUGUGCACCAUUUACCAGCCGUUGGGAAGAACAUGGAGGACCACGUUGGCGCUAAUGUGCAGUUCGCUUGCAAACAACCCAUCACGAUGUACAAUGCAUCCAAGUGGUACCCGCACCGAGUGGCAAAGAUCGCGUACGAGUGGGUGACGGCAAAGACUGGUCCCGGCGCAAGUCCUCACUGCGAAGUCGGCGGGUUCAUCCGAACCGACUCCAGCAAGCAGCAGCCGAACCUUCAGCUCAUCUUCAGCGCCUGUGCUGUCGACGAGCACUGUCAGCUGCGCGAAGACAUUGGCCAUGCGAUGACGGGGCACGUUUCGUCCAUUUGCGGUUCCAGACAUGGCACGAUCCAGUUGCGCAGUGCUAACCCCCGUGAGCCUCCCGUUAUUGAUCCCAACUACAUGGCCGACGAAGAAUGCCGCGCUACGCUUCGAGAGGGCGUCAAGUUGACCCGUGCGAUCUUUGCGCAAAAGGCGUUCGAGGCCUUCUGCGGCGCGGGGAUCUCUCCUCGAGACGAAAUUCGCUCGGACGAGGCGAUCGACGCCUGGCUUCGUCAACACGCCGGGGCCGAGUACCACGCGUCGUGUACUGCUCGCAUGGGCGUGGACGACAACUCGGUGGUGGAUCUGCAAACUCGUGUCCACGGGCUCGCAGGCCUUCGCGUUGUGGACGCGUCGAUCAUGCCAAGCAUCGUGAGUGGCAACACGAAUGCGCCUGUGCUCAUGAUCGCCGAGAAGGCUUCGGACAUGAUCUUGGGCAGACCGGCACUGCCGCCAAUGCACGUUCCUGUGCGUGGGCGAUGA